CCUGCCAUCUUGCGGCUGAAAGGCGCCUGAAACUAUGGUCGCUAAAUGCGAACUUGUUCUUUGAGGAAUCUCACCAGUUGACCAAAUUCACUUAAUAGGUCCACUCAAACAAUAUUUGGCAGAGAACAUUUCACUUCAAAGAUCUAAUUGCAAUAUUUAAUUAUAUUCUCUAAGUUGAAUGAAAUAACUAAUAUUUCAAUGUUUGUUUCCUCCUAGAUUUAUCGAAGAAAGAAUAUUUGUAGUCCAUGAAGUAAACAGCCAAGUAAGACAUAACACAGAGGGCUUGUCCAGGAUUUCCUCAUACAUGCAGCAAAUAUGAACAUCUCUAACACAUCUACAACCGUACCAAAUCAACCUCUACCUGGAAUAACUACCUUCACACGUACAACAUACGCUAUCCUGGCCACAGUAGCUAUCAUAGGAAACAUCUUGGUCAUUCUUGUUUUCGCCUGGGACAAGAAGCUGUUAAAGAAAUCCUACAACAUGUUAAUCCUGUCCCUGGCCAUAUCUGAUGUUCUGACCGCCUUUCUGCUCAUCACAAACCCAGCUUUUGUUCUUGGUGACGCGUUUCCUUAUCCGACUAAUCACGUGCUGGGAGACAUCUUCUGUCGAGUCAUAUGGAGUCGCACGUUUCUCUUUCAGUUGGUGGUUUUCUCAGCGUACAUCUGUGUGGCUUUGGCGAUGGAACGGUGGUACGCAAUUAUCAAGCCUUACAAGUACAGCGAGACCUUCAACAAGAAGCGAACCCUUAUUUACAUCUUCCUUGUGUGGCUUUGGUCGGUGAUCCUCUGUGGCACCUCUCUGUUCGAAGUUGCAUACGUUUCCUCGAAUUCGCCGAAUCGACGAUGCAAAUGGCAGCCUUACUCUUCUAAGCAGCCAGUCCGUGGUAUUGUAGGAAUCAUUCAAGUCUUUCUUAAAAUUGUGCUUCCAAGCCUGACUAUGCUGUUCUUGUUCGUUCACAUGGUUUACAUGUCAAGCAAGCUCACCAUCGCCUCGGUUGAGAGCCGCGCUAAACUUCGCGGCAAAAUGACGCGGAUGGUUGGUGCCGCUUGCAUCAUGCUGAUCGUUUGCUUCGCGCCAAAUCAGAUCAACUACGCGAUGGCAAUGGCGGGAAAAACACGACUGGAUACCAAUUUGCACCAUGUCCUCUCCCUAUUGGCUUUUGUCAACAGUUGUUUGAAUCCAUUGAUUUAUGGGCUGAGCAACAAGAAUUACCGUCAUGGCUACCUGAAAAUCCUGUUUUUGGUUUGCCCCAAGGGAAGAUGGAGGAAAAACAAGGUAAAAGAUGGACGCGUCCUUAACGCGUGGGAAAACGUCCAGGACACUUCAAGCCGCGAGAGGAACACAGAGGAGUCACGGGAGAGAGAAAGCCAAGAGAACAACGUGUGAAUUUAGAUGAAUGUAACUGAGGAGAGUUUUUUUUUUUUUUUUUUGCAAAUAUUGCAAAUUUUAUGAUAUUAAAUUAAAGUGGAGCCGCAAUGGCCUUAUGGUUAAUGCACUCGUAUCCGGAUAGAGCAGUCCGGGUUCGAGCCCUGGCCGGGGACAUUGCGUUGUGUUCUUGGGCAAGA